UGUUUUCAAGCGGGUGCCCUGUACCUAGGCAUGUGUUACACAGGACCGCAUAGGUACGUUCCGGUCAGCUAUCCCUCCAUACGGGUGUAUUUCUAUGCAACAGGGUCCCCCACGGUGCAUCUAAAUGCAGGCCUGUCUCAAGACAGGUAUUUCCUACGCAUCUCCACACAAUAAUUUCCGCAUUCGAGCAGUGUACACUUCACAGGUGAGCCAAGCAGUUUUCGUUUCCAAAAAAACAGGUGUGGUCCAACACAGGCGCACCUCCGGAUGUAAUUCAGACGUUCCCCACACCUUGUGAUUUCAUUCAGCUAUGCCCCGUCUGGUGAUGAUUGAAUGUCGCAGUCUCCGCAAAGUCCUUACCUGCAGGCGUCGUCUACGCAGGUGCGCCGGCGCCGCGGCCCCGCCCCUCCGGGCCCGCCCCCCAGCUCAGGUGCACAAGCCGGAAGCGCUGCGCUCCCAGGUGCCGGGUGCAGCUGCACCCCCAGCCCAAGAUGCAGUAGGAGAGGCGCGCGCUGGAGCCCGGUUCCUGGAGUCCCCAACUCAACUCCCAGCCCAUGGCGACCCCAGGCCUGGGGCUGUUCUUGGCGCUUGGCCUGAUGCUGCUGCCUGCCCGCUGGGGCCGAGCCCGGGGCGAAAACUCUACAUCAGUAUCCCCCACUGCCAGCAGCACCAUGGAUGGCCACACCACUGUAGGGGGCCUGUCCACGGAGGGUCUGACUGCCAUCAUCGUGGUCUUCUCCAUCCUCGGCGCCCUGAUUGUGAUCGUGUUGCUGGUGUUGCUGGUCCGGAAACUUCGGGAGAAGCGGCAGACAGAGGGCACCUACCGGCCCAGCGUGGAGGAGCAGUUCUCCCACACGGCCGAGGCCCGGGCCCCCCAGGACUCCAAGGAGAAGGUUCGGGGCUGCCUGCCCAUCUAGGUCCCCUCUCUUCCCCCAUCUCCCUUUCCUGCUGUGUGACCUUGGGGGAAGGCAGCGCCUUCUCUGGGCAAUCAGAUUCGUCCUGUGCUUAAGCAUAGAGGGGAAGAAGGUGCUUAAGGACCUUGCCCCAGGGGCGAGGCAAGGCAAGGCGGGCUGUUCACUUUUUAUAUAUUUAUAUGACAUUGGUAGUGAGCUGUAAUAAAGUUUUCUUUUUUGA